AUGAAGGAGGAGAACCAGCACCCGGAUUUCAUCGGCCAGACCCGGAUAAAGGAGGAGAACCAGGACCCAGAUUUCGUCGAUCAGACCCGGAUAAAGGAGGAGAACCAGGACCCGGAUUUCAUCGGCCAGACCGGGAUAAAGGAGGAGAACCAGGACCCGGAUUUCGUCGAUCAGACCCGGAUAAAGGAGGAGAACCGGGACCCGGAUUUCAUCGACCAGACCGGGAUAAAGGAGGAGAACCGGGACCCGGAUUUCAUCGACCAGACCGGGAUAAAGGAGGAGAACCAGGACCCGGAUUUCGUCGGCCAGACCCGGAUAAAGGAGGAGAACCAGGACCCGGACUGGAGCCUGGAGGCCGCUGGUCCUGCCGGUCUACAGAAACAGAGACGCACUAAAGAGAAGCUGCACAGCUGUGACCGCUGUGGGAAGACGUUUACGACUUCAACGAAUUUAAAAAUCCACCAACAUAUUCACACCGGAGAGAAACCGUACAGCUGUGAGCAGUGUGGCAAAGCUUUUACAACGACAAGUAGUCUACAAAUCCACCAACGUAUUCACACCGGAGAGAAACCGCACACCUGUGAGCAGUGUGGCAAAGCUUUUUCUCGGGCGUAUCGCUUAAAAAGACAUCAACAUAUCCACACCGGAGAGAGACCGUACAGCUGUGAGCAGUGUGGGAAAUCCUUCAUUGAACUAUGUUAUCUAAAAGAGCAUCAGGUGCUUCACUCUGAGGAGAAAUACAGCUGUGAUCAGUGCGGAGCGACGUUCAACUCGCCACGUUACCUGAAAAUCCACCAGCGCUUUCACGCUGGACAGAAACAGUUGUACAGUUGUGACCAAUGUGGGAAAGCUUUUACACUGGUAAGUAGCUUAACAGUUCACAGACGUGUUCACACCGGAGAGAAACCAUAUGUCUGUGACCAGUGUGGCGCACUCUUCUCCCGGGCAGGGAGUCUGAGACACCACCGCCGCCUUCACACCAGAGGGAAAUCACACCACUGUGAUCAGUGUGGCAAAACUUUCAUCAGCGCCAGUAAACUGGAACUUCACCAACAUGUCCACACCACAGCGCAGUUGUCUCAGCUGCAUGUUGCAUCCAGUGUGCUGCAGGAUGUAGAUUUGACCUGUUCUCCAGAGAAGCAGACCUGUCUGGAUGAUUCACUCACCGUCCUGCAGUGUUUGGCCAAAAAUGUCCAUCAG